UCCUCCUCUCCCUCUUCUUCGCAUUGCCUUUCCCUUCAGUUGCACCGACCUCCAGACGAAACCACCCAAGACGCGUGCUUCCAUUCCUAGCCCAACAGAAGCGAAGCACGCCACCGACCACCGGCCUCGAAGGGAUCAUCUUCUCUACAACUCGUCCUCGUGGCCUUGUUCCUCCUCUUGUAUAGGGGACUGCGGCGGAGUGGAGAUCCGUGCCGACAUAGUCCGACUUCUUCGCUCGCUGCCUACGAUUGAUGGCCUCACCUUCACCAACCGAAGAGUUCAGCAGGGAAGCAGCUCGUCAGUCUCUGAUCGCGAUCUCCGAGUCCACUCCGGAGACACCUUCACCGCAGACGGUGAGGACACCGCCGAUCUCCAGCGCAGAGAACGGGAAGCCGGGCGAUGGGGCGGACAAGUUCAGAUCGAAGCUGAUGUCCAUCACAGACCUGUCUUCUGAUGCCCAACCUGCGCAGUGCCCUCCCGAGGAUGUCGCUGCUUAAUCAAUCGUGUGAUUCUCUGCUCGACUUGCGGACACGAUGUAUCAGUGCUUGCCGAUCCUCUGAACUGGACAUUUGGCUGUCGUGCUUUAAACUGGACGUCCUUAUGGCUUAUGUUAUUACUGGUC